UUUUUGCUCUAGCCCGGCUCGAACCCGGGCUUUGACCUUAAGUAUCGGUGGGGAACUUCUCUCACCAGUUGUUCGGGAACGAGACAUGACCGACGCGGUGGAGUGGGCCACUAUGAAAGCCGGGCAGGGCAUGAUGUCUGGAGAGAUCAACAAGAACUGGCUCUUCUGCAUCCCCAUCCAAGUGGGCCCUGCCACGGAGUACGCGCGUGGUUUGAGGCACUGGUUUGCCUUCAUCAUCCUGCUGCAGGUGGCUGAAGGUGUUUGCCAGUUGGUCUUAAAGACGGCCUUGCUGAACGCCUUGUACAUGGCGGUGGCGGCAUUCAUUGGCCUCUAUGCUUGGUAUCAGGACAUGAACAUCACCUACGUUUGCCUAUGGGGCCUCACAUCCCUUUUCCUGGGCGUCAUGGCCAUCAUCUCCAACCUCAUCCCGGUCAUCACUGGCGUUUUGUCGUUGGACGUGGUGGGGCUCGUGUUGGCGAUCAGCGGUCCACUGAUCUACGCACUCGCUGGAGCCUUCGCGUGGCACCUCUAUAACGACUAUGCCGAGGAUCAUGGGCGCAAGGCCUCCUCCUUCGACCCCUUUGGGCAGUAUGGUGCCAAGUACGACCCCUUGGCGAAGGUGCCCAUGUCCGACAGCGUCUUGGACCAGGCGGCGGGCCGCUUGUUCGACUCCCACAGCCCCGGCGCCUUUGGUCCGGCAGGCUAUGGCGCUGCGGUCUCAGACGACAUCUUCCAGGGCCGACGUGAGAGGGGAGGGGUUUGCUGCUAGAGCGAGCGAAGCCGCGUCCAGCGGAUGCGGAGAUGCCGAAGGUGCAAGAAACCCGGGCUGGCCGGCUAGAUGUGUGGCAUUGUUUAGUUGUGGG